CUCCCUUAAACCCUAAACAGACUUUGCUCUGUCACUCUCUCUGUGUCGAUAGAUCUGUGUCUGUACAAAGUUCAAAUGUUUUGAGAUUUGAAGAAGAAGUCUUAUCAUCCAUGGCUCACAUUUCUUUAUCUAAACCUCACUACAGCCAUCUCAAGGUUCUUUCCAGUUCUUCAAUUUCGAAACCAAUCUCCUUCAAUUCACUUCAUUUCUUCAGCUCCAUUCAAGAUCCAACCACCACAGCUACUCAAAAUGAAAGCCCUAAAGAUCCAUUCGUCAGUUCAGAUGCCGCAGUGCCUCAGCCCGUGGAACCGGUGGCUGUUAAUGGCGGCGACCAAGUUAAGCGAAGCAUCCCUAGAGGUAACCGUCGUAACCCUGAAAAAUUAGAGGAUAUUAUUUGUAGAAUGAUGGCAAAUCGUGAAUGGACAACACGUUUACAGAAUUCGAUUAGGUCGUUGGUUCCCCAAUUUGAUCACUCUAUUGUUUGGAAUGUGUUACAUGCUGCUAAAAACUCGGACCAUGCCCUCCAGUUCUUCCGAUGGGUAGAGCGAUCCGGCUUAUUCCAGCAUGAUCGUGGAACACAUUUCAAAAUAAUUGAGAUUUUGGGUAGGGCUUCAAAGCUUAAUCAUGCCCGUUGCAUUCUUCUUGAUAUGCCCAAUAAGGGCGUUGAAUGGGAUGAAGACUUAUUCGUUAUAAUGAUUGAUAGUUAUGGGAAAGCUGGGAUAGUUCAGGAGGCCGUGAAAAUUUUUCAAAAGAUGAAGGAAUUGGGUGUUGAAAGGAGUAUUAAAUCUUAUAAUGUUUUGUUUAAGGUGAUUUUGAGGAGGGGGCGGUAUAUGAUGGCGAAGAGGUACUUUAAUGCUAUGUUGAAUGAAGGCAUAGAACCAACUUGCCAUACCUAUAAUGUAAUGCUUUGGGGUUUCUUUCUGUCGUUGAGGCUUGAGACAGCCAAGAGGUUUUAUGAAGACAUGAAGACUAGAGGCAUUGCCCCUGACGUUGUUACAUAUAACACUAUGAUUAAUGGUUAUUAUCGGUUCAAAAUGAUGGAGGAGGCGGAGCAAUUCUUUACUGAGAUGAAGGGGAACAAUCUUUUACCAACAGUGAUAAGCUAUACUACUAUGAUAAAAGGUUAUGUUUCUUCCGGUCGAGUAGAUGAUGGAUUGAGAUUGUUCGAAGAGAUGAAGGCUGUUGGUGUGAAGCCAAAUGACUUUACUUAUUCGACUCUGCUGCCUGGUCUCUGUGAUGCAGAGAAAAUGUCCGAGGCGCGUCAAAUUUUGACAGAAAUGGUGGACAAGUAUAUUGCUCCAAAGGACAAUUCAAUUUUCAUGAGGUUGUUAUCUUGCCAGUGCAAGCAUGGUGAUUUGGAUGCUGCUAUGCAUGUGCUGAAAGCUAUGAUUCGGUUAAGCAUUCCAACAGAGGCUGGGCACUACGGUAUUUUGAUCGAGAACUGUUGCAAAGCCGGAGUGUAUGAUCGGGCAGUUAAGUUGCUUGACAAGCUUGUAGAAAAAGAAAUCAUUUUGAAACCACAAAGUACUCUGGAAAUGGAGGCUAGUGCGUAUAAUCCUAUAAUUCAGUAUCUGUGCGACCAUGGGCAGACUGGAAAAGCUGAAACGUUUUUCCGGCAGUUGUUGAAGAAGGGUAUCCAGGAUGAAGUUGCAUUCAAUAAUUUAAUCCGUGGCCAUUCCAAAGAAGGGAAUCCUGAAUUGGCAUUUGAAAUCUUGAAAAUCAUGGGUAGGAAGAGUGUUUCUAGGGAUGCAGAAUCUUACAAGUUGCUAAUCAAGAGCUACUUAAGUAAAGGUGAACCAGCUGAUGCUAAGACAGCUUUGGACAGCAUGAUUGAAAGCGGACACUACCCUGAUUCGGCGUUGUUUCGAUCGGUGAUGGAAAGUCUAUUUGCAGAUGGGAGGGUGCAGACCGCGAGCCGAGUGAUGAACAGUAUGUUGGAUAAAGGAAUAACAGAAAACAUGGACUUGGUUGCCAAGAUUCUGGAAGCCCUUUUCAUGAGAGGUCAUGUGGAAGAGGCAUUGGGACGAGUUGAUUUGCUUAUGAGAUGCAGUUGCCCACCUGAUUUUGACAGUCUUUUAUCUGUUCUUUGUGAAAAGGGGAAGACCAUUGCUGCUCUUAAGCUUUUAGAUUUUGGGUUGGAAAGAGAAUGCAACAUAGAAGUCUCAAGCUAUGAGAAAGUACUUGAUGCGCUGUUGGCAGCGGGGAAGACGCUGAACGCAUACUCAAUUCUAUGCAAGAUAAUGGAGAAAGGAGGGGCCAAGGAGUGGAGCAGCUGCGAUGAUCUGAUCAAUAGCCUGAAUCAGGAAGGGCACACAAAGCAAGCUGAUAUUCUCUCAAGAAUGAUAAAGGGUGGAGACAGAAUUCGGCGUAAGAAAGCUUCUCCAGCUGCUGCUUGAUUGAUUAUCAACUCCUCCUCCCCUGUUUUCCCUUUUUCUCCUUUGGAAUGAUAUUUCAUGCUUCACGCCUUGAAUAACACUUGGGUUGUUAUUCGAUCCAAUAUACUCAAAUUGUAGCUUUGAUCUUUCUAGUGUUCUUUUUUCCUCCCCUGUUUUUAAUUUGUUCAGUUGAUGAAUACUGAGGGCUUUGAUUUUCUUUGAAGAACCUGGAAAUGUAAUCACCAUUUUCUAAUUGAUGAUUUAACACGAUUUAAUAGAUUCA